AUGGCCCAGUCGAUUCAACAACCAAGUUCUCUCAUGCCACAUACCAAAUUACAGACUCUGGAUGAAGCUUGCUUCAUGCCAGAUCCCGCCAGUGGUUCAACACACAUAAGCUGUAUCCUCACGGCAGAGCAACGCCAGCGACUGCACCUGUUCAAAAACCUAUGCCAAAGCAACAGCUACGAUCUUUCCCAGCCCGACAAUUACACGGACGAUGCCGCUUUACUGCGAUAUCUGCGAUCGCGAAAUUUUGAUGUUGCUGCUGCCUUCGAAAAAUUUGAUUACGCAACAACAUGGCGCAGAGACCACAAGAUCAAAGAGUUUUAUGACAAUCUAGAUAUAGAUCACUAUGAAGAAUCUAGGAAAAUGUAUCCCCAGUGGACUGGACGACGUGACCGUGACGGACGUCCACUCUAUGUGUUUGCUGUCAAAGAAUUCACAAAGAAGAGAUUGGACGAGUAUCUUGAGAAGAUUUUGUCCUGCCCAACAGCCAGCACCUAUUCACACCCCGACGUACCAACCCAUAUUAUGCACUUUCACGCACUCUACGAUAAUUUGAUUCGAUUUGUGACGCCUCUUGUCUCCGAGCUGCCUAGAACCACUAGAGAUAUUCCGGUCUCUGCCUCGACCCAUAUUAUUGAUAUCUCCGGAGUCAGUAUGAAGCAAUUUUUCUCUAUCCGAAAGUACUUGCAAGAGACGAGUGAAUUAGCUACGGCACACUAUCCGGAAACCCUUGGUCGCGUGUUUAUUGUCGGCGCACCCUAUUUCUUUCGGUCUAUCUGGGACGUCAUGAGCCAUUGGUUCGAUCCCGUUACCCGGUCGAAGUUAUUUUUGUUGACUGCAUCGGAGGCCAAAACGACUCUGUUAUCUUUUAUUGACGCGUCUAAUCUCCCCGAAGAGUACGGUGGGAUGCUUCAGUGGAAGUGGCAAGAUAUGCCUAAUUUGGAUGAACCAACGCGAGACUUGGUGGACGAGUUAUACCAACCCGGUGAACAGGGCAAGCAAAUUGCAAAAGGCCCUGUCAGUUUUCAGGGCUCAUGUAUUCAACUUUUGGGCACCGAAAAUGGGGAACCGAGGCGAAAUCAAUUUUGCCGUGCAGCGCCCGAAUAUCCGAGAGCUUGA